AUGAAGAUCUCCAUUAUCUUGCUGGGAGCCUUGUGCUCGAUGGUCUCCGGACUAGGAUACAAGGACCCCUUCCCUGGAGGCUUCUUGAACGAUCCUGCUUUCCCUUCUUUUGGAAACAUUUUCAACAACCCCUACGAGUUAAGUAAUACGUACAAGCCAAGUGGAUACAAGAACAAUAAGUACAUUCCACACAAGCCACAAGGCUACAAGCCAUCUAGCAAGAAGUAUCCAGACUAUAAGCCAACUGGUUACCCUAGCAAACCUGACUACAAGCCAUCUGGUUAUCCCCAUGAUGACUAUAAACCAAAAUACUCUCAACACAAACCAUCCGGUUACCCUCAACACGACGACUACAAACCAUCCGGUUACUCUCAAAACAAACCAUCCGGUUACCCUCAACACAAACCAUCCGGUUACCCUCAACACGACGACUACAAACCAUCUGGUUACCCUCAACACGACGACUACAAACCAUCUGGUUACCCGACUAAGACAUAUUACAAACCAUCUGGUUACCCUCAACACAAACCAUCUGGUUACCCUAAACACGACGACUACAAACCAUCCGGUUACCCUCAACACAAACCAUCCGGUUACCCUCAACACGACGACUACAAACCAUCCGGUUACCCUCAGCACGAUGACUACAAACCAUCCGGUUACCCUCAACAUAAACCAUCCGGUUACCCUCAACACAAACCAUCCGGUUACCCUCAACACAAGCCAUAUGGUUACCCUCAACACAAACCAUCCAGUUACCCUCAACACGACUACAAACCAUAUGGUUACCCUCAACACGACGACUACAAAACAUCUGGUUACCCGACUAAGACAUACUACAAACCAUCUGGUUACCCUCAACACAAACCAUCUGGUUACCCUAAACACGACGACUACAAACCAUCCGGUUACCCUCAACACAAACCAUCCGGUUACCCUCAACACGACGACUACAAACCAUCCGGUUACCCUCAACACGACGACUACAAACCAUCUGGUUACCCUCAACACGACGACUACAAACCAUCCGGUUACCCCAAGAAAAACAACUACAAGAAGUAUGACUACAAACCAGACGGUUACCAGCAAUAUAAACCUUACGGUUACAGGGCCAACAACGAUAACAACUACAAGUCAGGCAGCGGUUACAAGUCCAAGCCAUACGGAUACAAACCCAAGCCAUACGGUUACAAGCCAAAGCCAUACGGUUACAAACCCAAGCCAUACGGUUACAAGCCAAAGGUCGAUCGCAACGCCAUCUUUUCCAUCGUGAGCGCCGGAGUUCCGGGGUAUUACGGCCAUUGA